AUGGCUUCCCCCUCCUCCGCCGGCCCGCAGGUGACCGCUUCGGCGCCGUGCGCGUCGCCCGAGACGUGCUUCGUGCAGCAGCCGCACGUGCACCGGCCGCGCCAGGCCGAGCCCAAGAUCCUCAGCUCGAUCCUGGACCACGUGGGCAACACGCCGCUCGUGCGGCUCAACACGAUCGCGCGCAAGGCCGGCCUCGAGUGCGAGCUGCUGGCCAAGUGCGAGUUCUUCAACGCCGGCGGCUCCGUCAAGGACCGCAUCGGCAAGCGCAUGAUCGAGGACGCCAUGGCCUCGGGCCGCAUCAAGCCGGGCGACACGCUCAUCGAGCCCACGUCGGGCAACACGGGCAUCGGCCUGGCGCUGGCCGCCGCGCUCUACGGCUUCCGCAUCAUCAUCACGCUGCCGGAGAAGAUGUCGCUCGAGAAGGUGGACGUGCUCAAGGCGCUGGGCGCCGAGAUCAUCCGCACGCCCACCGAGGCGGCCUGGGACUCGCCCGAGUCGCACAUCGGCGUGGCCAAGCGCCUCGUCAAGGAGAUCCCGAACGCGCACAUCCUGGACCAGUACAGCAACCCGUCCAACCCGCUGGCCCACUACGACGGCACGGCCGAGGAGAUCCUCGAGGCCUGCGGCGGCCACGUCGACAUGGUCGUCAUGGGCGCCGGCACCGGCGGCACCCUCUCGGGCACGGCCCGCAAGAUCAAGGAGAAGUGCCCGAGCUGCAUCGUCGUGGGCGCCGACCCCAUCGGCUCCAUCCUGGCCGAGCCCGAGAACCUCAACGACGAGAACCGCCUGCAGUCGUACCAGGUCGAGGGCAUCGGCUACGACUUCAUCCCGCAGGUGCUGGACCGCUCGCUCGUGGACCGCUGGAUCAAGACGGGCGACCAGGAGUCGUUCCUGCUGGCGCGCCGCCUCAUCCGCGAGGAGGGCCUGCUGUGCGGCGGCUCGUGCGGCUCUGCGAUCGCUGCUGCGCUCAAGGCCGCCAAGGACCUCAAGGCCGGCCAGCGCUGCGUCGUGGUGCUCCCCGACUCGACGCGCAACUACAUGUCCAAGUUCCUGUCGGACGACUGGAUGUACGAGCACGGCUACGUGACGGACAUGUCCAAGAGCGCGCUGAGCGCGACGUGGUGGGCCAAGAAGAACGUGUCGGAGCUGCUGCUGCAGGCGCCCGUGACCAUCACGCCCGACCUCACGUGCAAGGAGGCCGUGGACAUCCUCAAGAAGGAGGGCUUCGACAACCUGCCGGUCGUGGCCGACGACAACUCGAUCGUGGGCGUCGUGUCCGAGGGCAACCUCAUCGCGCAGCUCAUGCCCGGCCGCGUGCGCCCGACCGACGCCGUCGAGAAGGCCAUGUUCAAGCAGUUCAAGCAGGUGAACCCGCAGACGUCGCUGUACGAGCUGAGCCGCAUCUUCGACCGCGACCACUUCGCGCUGGUCGUCACGGAGCAGAAGCGCAUCCGCAAGGGCGGCGAGGCCGAGACCAAGUCGGUCAUCUUCGGCGUCGUCACGCGGAUCGACCUGCUCACGUACAUUACGCGCCACAACGAGCAGUAA